AUGGGUACUAAACUCUCGAGGUGUUUUCAAACUCAGAAAAGUUCUGAGAAAGCCGUGAAUCAACAGGAUUCAGAGAAAAGGGCAGAGAGGACAGAGAUCCACCACAGAUCCACUGAAGUCGAGCUGUUGCCAGAAAACCUCGAAGACAAUCAGUCGCGUUUGAUUCGAGAGCAAGAUGUUUUAAAUGAAAGGAUUGAUGCGAUAUUUCGUAAAAACCAGGAGAGCAUCGCGAAGAGGACACAACAGGACUGGGUCUUUAAGAGAGAGAAGCUACAGGACGACGAACAGGAGACUGUGGAGACGGAGAAGCUGCAGCCUGAGCAGAGAAACCCCCAACAAGAGGGUCCUAGGAUCAAUGAGGAACAGGAGGAGCAGGAGGUUAAAGGGGAGGUAGAGCAGGAGGUUAAAGGGGAUUUAAAGCAGGACAAGUCGGUCUUCAAGGGACAGAAGGUAGGGUUAGAGCACUGCGCACAGGCCAGUACUUCGUUUGAGCUUUUGCGCCAAGAGAGGGAGAAAUGUAGGAAAUAUAUAUCUGAACUUAAUCAGUUUAAGGAUAAAGUAAAGCAGGACGAGGCCAGCAGCGACAAAGCAGCGGAUCAGGAAAAGGAGACAUCACCGACAGAAGGUGAUGUAGAGAGGAACCGCGAACUGGAAGCCGAGGUCCAACGUCCAACGUCUUUAGAACUGAGAGAAACUAAGCAGGCUCUUAAAGGGAAAGUGCAGUCUCUGGAGACACAGAACAGGGAAUUGACCCAAGAGUUUGAAAGUUUUAAGUUUAGAUCAGAGGAAAAACUGAGGGAAAGCAGGAAUGAAAUGUUGAGAAUUUGUGCAGAAAACAGAGAGUUGGCCGAAAAAUUUGAGGAAUAUAGGUCAGAAUCAAAGAGAGAAAAGUCUCGCCUGCGGACUGAGCUGGAGUCAUGUAAAUCUGAUUCUCAGCGGCGCCGUCAAAAUGUAGCCACAGAUUUAGAAAAAACAAAUGCGCAUUUAAUGGAGCAGUUAGAGUUCUACAAGACGGACCUCGAGAACAGAACGCGGGACUCCGGUUUGGAAAUUACGAUCUUUAAAGGAAAGGUUGAUUCUCUGGAGAAAUAUACGUUUAGUCUGGAACAGAAACAGCGACACCACAGUGGGCUCCAGACUGAGGUAGAGUCCCUCAGAGUAGAGAACUUAGAGAUGAAAGAAGCUCUAAACUGUAACAAAUCUGAACUGGUCCGACUGAGACAGACGGUGGCCGAGGCAGAGAAGAGAGAGCAGACGCUCCGAAACACAGUCAGCCUCCUUGAAACCCAAAAGAGAGAUUUGUCUGAGAAUUUGCAGAGGACAGAGUUUCGCUUAAACAGGUUACGAAACACGGGCUUCGACUGGGAGUAA